UUAUGAUUAUUGAUUAUGGAGUGAUUGAAGCUAUAAAACAAAAAUUUAAGCCUGAAGAUUUAUCAAAGGCAGUUGCUUUAAUUCAUUAUGUAAAGAAAUGGUCUAAUUUGGAAAAAUAAUAUGCAGAAAAUGUCAAUAAGGUAACAACAGAUCACUUAAAAAAUUGUCUUCCAGAAUUAUCAGAAGUAAAUGCAUUAGCUAAUGGAACCAGAUAACCUACUGAGGAAGAAAUGAAAGAUUCAACUAUAAAAGAAGCUGAACCAAUUUCUGAUUAUUGGUCAAAAGUAUUAUAACAUGCAGGUAUCACAGGAUCAAAAAUUACAUAAAAAGAUGUAGAUGUAUUAGCAUCUUUAAAAAGUAUUACUGCUAGUUUUGGUGAUAAUGAUAGAGAUUUUAAAUUAAGAUUUGAGUUUAAUCCAAAUCAAUACUUUGAAAACAAGGUAUUAGAGAAAGAAUUUAUUUACAAUAAUGAAGAAAGUGAAUUACCUUAUAAAUGUAAUGGAACAUAAAUAAAUUGGAAAGAAGGAAAGAAUGUUACAAAGACUAUAAAAAAGAAGAAAUAAAGAAAUAAGAAAACCAAUUAAACUAGAAUAAUUGAAACAGAAGUUAAAUUAAAAUCAUUCUUUAAAUUUUUUGAUGAUAUUGCUCCUGCAUAAACAGAUGAAGAAGAAUUAUAAAAGGAAGAAAAGAUUACAGCUGAUCUUGAAAUAGGAGAAGCAAUAAUUGAAGAAAUAAUUCCAUAAUCAUUGUCUUAUUAUUUAGAUUUGAAGGAUGAUGAUGAUGAGGAUGAAAUUGAUGAAGAAGAUGAAUAAGAUGAUGAUGAAGAUGAUGAAGAUGAUUGAUGUAUUG